AUGGAAUACAUCACCGCGACAGAGCCAACCCUGGUCUGGGACUACGAGACCCUUCGUAAGUUCCGCCAGGUGUUGGGACGGGAGGACCCAGUCAUCCUUUCCGUCGACUUCGAGAAUGUCGACCACCUUGUCGGAGCCGGCAUCACACACUAUGAGAAGAUGUCAGAGCUGGGAGUCGCCAUAUACGACACGAAAAAGCGACCAUCGUCCAACGAUCGCCCCAAGGCCGGCGACAACAGCAAUCGCCGCCUCGAAAGCCUUGCUAAAUUCAUCAUAUCCGAGCACAUCAUCACCGAAGAAUUCCGGAAUAAGACGGAGGAGACAUGUGAUGCGCCCUAUCACCGCCGCGCCGACAAGAACCCCGGUCUUGCUCACCAUGCGAGGCCCUACCACUGUCGAUUUGUUGAGUCCACCUUCCUCAGCAAAGAAGACACCAUCCAACGUCUCCGAACCCUCAUCCAGGACGUUUCCACACAAAACCUCACUGAUGACGAGAAAGCCGCUGGCGCGACCCGAGCCAUCAAGAUCAUCACUUGGGCUUCGCACUGCGAGGAGUCCACAUUCUACCACGGCGGACUAAACCCUGCUUCUUUGGGCUUGAACAUCGAGCUCUGGGAUUACCAGUUAUGGUAUCCCUUCCGUGCUCGGUUUCACGAGAAUCCAAACUCUCGCAAUGCUAAGACCAAGGGCGAAAAGGCCUUUAGUUCCUUGGGCGCUUUAGGAGAGGGGCUGCCAUUGCACAACGGGUGCAAUGAUACAGUCGCCCAGCUGAUUGCCUUUCUACGCUUCAUGGUAAUGACCGAGGGUGAAUGGACGGCUUGGUUCGAUCAGAAGGUCGACCUGGCCCCAAUUUCUUUCGACUGGGUCAGCCCUAACAUCUACCGGUCCAACCUCGCAAAGGCGCCGAUUCCCGAACCCAAGGUCAAGGGCAAAGGAAAGUGGAAAGGAAACCAGAAAGGUGGAAACAACCGGAACUACCAAGGAUACAGACAACCCAAACAGACCACAUCCUGGAAGCCGACCCAGGCCGAAACCGCUCCUUCGUCCAACUCCACGCCCAAAGUUCUUGCCGACAAGAUGGCGAACUUAAACUUAGAACAGUCGUCAUUAAGCAAGUCCACUCCAAGCGACAGCUCCAGCACUGGUUGGCCGGAGGGUAUGGACGGGUUCAGUGAUUGGAGCCAGAGUUCCAAAAACAGCUCUGGUGACAACACGAGCAGUGGUUGGCCAGAUGACAUGGAUUACCCAGCUCAGAACAAUGGCUUUGAGGAUAGUGGAAACAAUGCUCAGCAUGACAAUGCAAGAAGAGGUUGGCCGAAUAGCGCAGACAACGGCGAAGAGCACUCCGAUCUCACCAUCAAGGCCCUCAACCACGAUGACUCUUUCAAGAAGGCGCCGAAAAAGGAACAAACGAGGACGCAAGAAAAACAUCUGGCAGAUUGA